AUGAAGGGCGACAGCAUGGCCUACACGAACGAGGCCAUCCCGAACCACGUCAUCGGCGGCGUCGGCAAGUACGGCCUCUCCUUCGUCCUCUUCUGGACCCUGAGCUACGCCCUCCCGCGCGCGCACGGUGAGACCAAGCACAAAACCUCCGUCGCGAUGUACCGCUUCGCGUGGUUCCGCGGCUUCGAGGCGUCGGACGCCGACACGCAAACGUCGUCGGGCCGCGGCGCCGCGCCGUCGCCCUUCAAGCGCUGGUUCGGCGAGGCCGCCGUCCAGCCCUACGACACGCUCCUCCUCGAGGGCGGCUGCGUCAAGGGCGUCGCCUACGCCGGCGCCGCGCACGCGCUGGAGACCGCGGGCGCGCUGGGGCGGAUCCGCCGCUUCGCCGGGAGCUCCGCGGGCGCGAUGGCCGCCGCGCUCCUCGCGGCGGGCAUCAGCCCGAGCGACCUGACGACCAUCCUCCUCGAGCUCGACUUCCAGGAGCUCCUCGACGGAGACACGCUCAAGGUCGCGAACCACACGUCGCUCGCGGAGACCGUGUCGGCGUUGACGACGGAGCUGCUCAACGGGUUCCGCAACGAGGACUCGGACGAGGUCGAGUACAAGUCCGUGACCUACAACCCCAUCGACCUGGGGAAGCGGCUCGUGACGGAGUACGGCCUCUUCAAGGGGCAGCGGCUCGAGGAGCACAUCGAGGCGCUGCUCUUCCAGGCGACGGGCGUCGCACACGUCACGUUCCGCCAGCUGCGGGAGCUGCGGCCGGACGUCGCGCUCCGGCUCACGGCGACGUCGAUCACGCACCAGCGGGUGACGUACUUCGACGUCGUCGCGACGCCCGAUCUGGCGAUCGCGCGCGCCGUGCGCGCGUCGUCGGCGGUGCCGCUGCUCUUCGCGCCCGUGGAGAUCGACGGCGAGCUUUUUGUGGACGGCGGGCUGCUGAAGAACCUGCCCUACGACGCCUUCGACCUCGAGGGCCACCCGACGCUCGCGCUGUCGAUCCGGACGCCGACGGCCGCGGAGCUGCAGUCGAAGGACGACGACCGGAAGCUCGCGCUGCCGACGUUCUCCACCUUCUUCGCCGCGCUCCUCGAGACGCUCACGUUCGGCGAGGGGUCCGCGAACUGCCUGAGCCACGCGCUCGUCCGCGACGGGCUGGAUUUGGUGGAGCUCGGGGCCUCGCGAGGCAUCCUGACGGCCCGCUCCCAGCUCUCGUCCCAGGCGCUGCCGUCGCAGUUUGGGCCCACGCCGCCGCUCUCCGGGCCGCUCCGCGACGCGCCUUGGGACGACGCGCUCCGGAGCCGCGUCCAGUCGCUGCGGGCCGUCGACGCCGACGACCCCUUCGCGCGGUACCUCCACGUGCCCCUCGUCGACGCGGGCAAGCUCCUGGACAUCGAGCCCUUCCCGAAGCGGGUCGCCGCGCUGCGGCGCGCCUACGUGAUCCUGGGCCUGGCGGUGCACAGCUACGCGUACCGCGCGGACGCGGAUUGGGGCGGCGCCGUCGACGGCGUCGACGACGACGAGUCGAAGGCGUUCGACGUCGACGCCGACGACCUCGCACGCCGGCCCGUCAUCCCGAAGCAGCUCGCCGUGCCCUGGGUGCGCGUCUGCCGCGAGCUCGACCUGCCCGACGGCGCCAUCGCGGCGUGCGGCACGGACCUCUGGAACUACAAAGGGCCCGACGCGGCCGCGGGCCCCCGGUUCCUCACGGACGCGGGCCGCGAGCGGGACCGGGCGAUGAAGGCGGCGGCGGAGAAGCAGAAGCGCUACGGCGCGCGGCAGAUCCUGACGCCGCGCUUCCUGUGGGGGGUCUUCGGCUUCGAGGACCCGCGGCCGGCGGACGCGCCGGCGCCGGCGCCGGGCGCCGUCGCGCCCGUGGACCUCGUCACGUCCAUGACGGGCACGACCACGGAGGCCUCCUUCCACCUCCUGGCGACGCGCAUGCAGGCGCGCGCCGCCCGGGAGCUGCCGGGCCUCGUCCGGCUGCCGAACGACGUCGCGGAAAAAAAGGCGUGGCACGCGCAGCGGACGCUCCGCGCGCUGGCCGCCAUGCUCGGCGACUUCUGCGCCAUCUUCGAGGAGGUCCACGCGUCCGUGGACAAGGCCCGUGUUCUACGACCGCUACCGGCCCCU